AUGAUUGAAGUUGAAAAGUUCACUGAUAGUUUGCCUAAAGAUGACCUUCCUUUAACCAUCGUGGAGUCUAAAUACGCGGCUAUUGCGAAUGGUGUUUCGGAUAAAGAUGAUUUCUUUACCCAUACACCAAGAAAAACCAUUGCUCAAAUGAAGGAAACAAAACAUGUUGAAAAGUGUAUUCUGAUGUGCACAAUUGCUGGCAUUGAUUCUGAUAUGGGGUGGUUUUAUCUGAGCUGCAAAGUGUGCUCUAAAAAAGUCUUGACCGUUCCAGCUGUCAACGACGAUGACGGUAAUGACGAUGAUGAUCUGAAGCACACAUAUUAUUGUGUAAAGUGUGAGGCUUACAAUCCUGUCACAGUUCCAAGGUAUAAAUUGCAUUUAGUGGUGCUUGAUAACACAAGCAACACAAAGCUAAUGGUGUUCGAUAAUCUUGCUGUGCAACUGGUCAACAAGCCAUGCUUGCAGAUUGCUGGUCCUUCAGAUAAAGUCGAGAUUGAGGAAACCAAUGUGCUUCCUCCGGUUCUUAACACCAUCAUUGGCAAAACGUGCUUAUUUAAAAUUCAAAUCGAAAGGGAGAACUUUGUCUACAAACAUGAUACCUACAAGGUUUUGAAGGUGAUCACUAACAAAGAUUUGAUCACAGAUUUUGAAGAAAGCAACUCUCGAGAUGGAAGCGAAGGUGUAUUUCAUGAUAUGGAUACUCAAUCUGAUGCACCAGAGGUUUGA